ACGACGCAACGAAACAACAUCAAAUGCGGCUGACAAAAGAGAAAGCAAUUUGUGAGGCUUGAUUACUUCGAAGCAGCGUUUUGGGAUUUCAGAACGCUGAUAUACUGGCUGCGAUUGAAACAUCGAGAGUACAUGAUGAUAACUACUAGUCAAAGGAAACCAUUAGCGGUUUCUAAAAGGGGAACGGGAGGAGAUGCAAUUUAUGUGGACAGAAAUGGCAACGCGGAUGUGCUACCACCAUUGAAACCGUCAACGAAAGGCAAUGUAAAGGCCCAUGAAUCUAGCGUUUCUGGAGCUCUACCGCUUGUUGGGGGAGUUCAGGUACAACAGCUGUUUGAAGAAGAAACAAACCAGCAGAACAAGAGCAAGAUCGCGAAUGAAAUACAAGCUCUUCCAGCCGUCCAUCGCCCGAUCUCGGUAUCCGGGAAUGCGUCGCCUUCGUCGGGAAGGAGAUCCAGCGCUAAUGGCUCGGGAACGCUGAAGUCAAGAGGGCUACCCAUGAGUCCAGAACAGGCAAUGAAACAGUUCAUGCACAAACUAACAAGCUACGAACAUCAUGAAAUCUUUAAUUAUCCCCAAAUCUGGUUUGUUGGACCAAAUGCUAAGAAACGUCAGGGUGUGGUUGGUGGCGCGAAUAACGGAGGCUAUGAUGACGAUCAGGGCUCGUAUAUCCAAGUUCCACAUGAUCACAUCGCUUACCGCUACGAAGUUGUCAAGAUUAUCGGUAAAGGAAGCUUUGGACAAGUUGUAAAAGCUUACGAUCACAAGACUCAAACUAAUGUGGCGCUCAAAAUGGUCCGGAAUGAGAAGCGAUUCCACAGACAAGCAAAAGAAGAAAUCAGGAUUCUAGAACAUUUGAAAAAGCAAGACAAAGACAACAGCCACAAUAUAAUUCACAUGCUUGACAAUUUCAAUUUUCGUGAACAUGUUUGUAUGACCUUUGAGUUGUUGAGUAUGAAUCUUUACGAACUUAUAAAGAAGAACAAAUUUCAAGGUUUUAGUGUUCAGCUGGUACGGAAAUUCGCGUACUCGAUUCUUCAAUGCAGCGACGCACUUCAUCGAAACAGGAUCAUUCACUGUGACUUAAAACCAGAGAACAUUCUUCUGAAACAGCAAGGCAGGAGUGGAAUUAAAGUUAUCGAUUUUGGCUCAAGCUGCUACGAACAUCAACGUAUUUAUACGUACAUUCAAAGCCGGUUUUACCGCGCACCUGAAGUCAUACUUGGAGCUCGGUAUGGUAUGGCGAUUGAUAUGUGGAGCUUCGGUUGCAUUUUAGCUGAACUUUUGACAGGAUAUCCUUUGUUCCCUGGCGAAGACGAAGGAGACCAACUCGCUUGUAUCAUUGAACUGCUAGGCAUGCCUCCUCAGAAGUUAUUAGACAAUUCAAAGCGAACGAAGAACUUCAUCAAUUCCAAAGGACAUCCGAGGUAUUGCACAGCGACAACAUUGCCAGAUGGAAGCACAGUUUUGACUGGUGGCCGUUCCCGGCACGGAAAGACGCGAGGCCCACCUGGCUCUAAGAAAUUCACAACUGCUUUGAAAGGUUGUGAAGACACGCAGUUCAUUGAUUUUCUUCAGAGGUGCUUGGAAUGGGACCCUGCGCAACGUAUGACUCCAUCACAAGCCCUUCGACACCCGUGGCUUCGAAGGCGCUUGCCUCGAGCACCCGACUCGAACGCAACCGACAACAAGCCUUACCACCGGCACAACUCUGGAUCGGCUGUAGCCAAGCUCCCACCAGCUGCUCCUACAUCAGGGAAAGCGAAGCCACGAAGACAAAUAGGGGAAAUUUUGGACGAUGGACGCGGUGUUACAGACUCAGCUAAACUUAACACCAGAACUGUGUUGCCGAAAAUAGUUGGAAGAUAAUUUCUAUAAGUUAAUUCAAUUCAGCAUAUAAAUUCUAAACAAUUUUUCGUUUACCACGAAAUGUUAUAUUUUUUCCAUGCCUUUUGGGGCACUUUUUUAGGAGGUCUUUUAGUGUUUUUAAGGUAAUCACACCAACUGUGAUGCUUUCGCAGUGGACUUCUGCUUUUCAUCAAGUGUAAAUCGUUUCGACUCUUACGUGUACAUCUACGUAUAAAGCUCAAUGGAUAGUGAUUCGAACAAACAACGAAAUGAACACUAUUUUUUUGGGAAGAAAAGAACCAAUUAUAUGAUCUAAAAAGUUAAGUUAUACAUAACAACGCUGUAAAGAAUUGAAUUUUAUUUCUGUAUAUACGAGUGCAGUUAGGUACAAUUUUAUUAUUCACCUUGUAUAUAUGCAUGUUUAGCUAUUCUCAUUCAUGAUGAUGAAAUUAUCAGGAUGAAAUUUUAUCCCCGAGAAAGCAGACCAGAGUUCAUUUUAAAUGUAAGUUUAGGGAAGAAGAGAAGUAAAUAUUUCUACUUUUCCAAAGAAAUCUCUGUUUUCUUUGCUGUA